UCAAGAGGAGGUUGGGAGUGAGCGCGGAGGGGGAACUCGGGCGGCGCGGCCGGGGAGGGUCUGGCCGGCGGAGGCCGAACCGAGCCGAGCGCAGCCUCGCCUGGACCCCACAGACCCAUCCGAACCGAGCCAUGGCAGGCUCCGAAGGCGAACGGUCGCUGCGGUUCUUCACCUGGGAAGAGAUCGGGCAGCGCAACGGGCGAGGGUCGGCGGCCCAGGAGCGGUGGCUGGUGAUCGAGAGGAAGGUGUACGACAUCAGCAAGUUCUGCCGGAGGCACCCGGGAGGCUCCCGGGUCAUCAGCCACUACGCCGGACAGGACGCCACGGAUCCUUUCACAGCAUUUCAUCUUGACAAGACACUAGUGAGAAAGUACCUGAGUCCACUCUUGAUUGGGGAACUGGCACCAGAUCAACCCAGCUUUGAGCCCAGCAAGAAUAAAAAGCUGGUAGAGGACUUCCGUGAGCUGCGUGCGGCUGUCGAGAAGAUGGGGCUGCUCAACCCCAACCCUGCCUUUUUCAUGCUGUACCUCUGCCACAUCCUGCUCUUGGACGUUGCAGCCUGGCUCACCAUCUGGUAUUUUGGAGCAUCCACAGUGCCUUUCCUCUUCUCUGCAGUGCUGCUAGGCACUGUCCAGGCCCAGGCUGGCUGGCUUCAGCAUGAUUUUGGACACCUUUCAGUCUUUAGCACAUCUAAAUGGAACCACUGGGUCCACAAGUUCGUAAUUGGCCACCUGAAGGGAGCACCUGCCAGCUGGUGGAAUCACCUCCACUUCCAGCACCAUGCUAAGCCCAACUGCUUCCGAAAGGACCCUGAUGUUAACAUGCACCCCUUGUUUUUUGCUCUGGGCAAAACACUCUCUGUAGAGCUUGGUGUACAAAAGAAGAAAUUCAUGCCUUAUAACCACCAGCACAAGUACUUCUUCAUCAUUGGUCCCCCAGCUCUGGUGCCACUUUACUUCCAGUGGUACAUAUUCUACUUCGUGGUACAGCGGAAGCAGUGGGUGGACCUGGCCUGGAUGCUGACCUUCUACAUCCGAUUCUUUCUCACCUACUUGCCCUUACUGGGGGUGAAGGGUUUGCUGGGGCUGAUUGUAUUAGUCAGGUUUAUAGAGAGUAACUGGUUUGUCUGGGUGACACAAAUGAAUCACAUCCCGAUGCACAUCGACUACGAUAAGAAUGUGGAUUGGUUCUCUACCCAGCUCCAGGCAACCUGCAACGUUCAACAGUCCUUCUUCAAUGACUGGUUUAGUGGACAUCUCAACUUCCAAAUUGAACACCACCUUUUUCCUACAAUGCCUCGCCACAACUACUGGAAGGUGGCCCCUUUGGUGAAGUCCCUGUGUGCCAAACAUGGUGUUGAGUACCAGUGCAAGCCGCUGCUCACCGCCUUUGCCGACAUAGUGCACUCUUUGAAGGAUUCAGGGGAGCUCUGGCUGGAUGCCUAUCUGCAUAAAUAAGCAGCAGUGGAUCCCUGCAGAGGAAAUCCCCACCCUCGUUGCCUCCUGCGGUGGUCACGGUGAAGAUACUGCCCAGAGGGAAGAGGGAGAGGUGGCUAAGCCAGAGCUGGGGAGGUGGUGCUGCUUAAUUCCAGUGAUGAAUGUAAUUAAUACGAUUUUUUUAAAGGUGUGUUCCUAAUUA